AUGACGGCUAAGGGGAUUAAGGGAUUGAACAGGGAAUCUAAAGUGGGAGCAGAAGAUGAUGGGGCCUCCCCCGGAGCAGCAGGAACAAAGAGAAGACUGGACGGUUCGAACGUUGCUGGUGCCACAGUAAAGCCGGAGGAGGAGACCCAGAUGCCGCGGCUGUCCGCAGAACCCCAAAAUAACAGGGUUGCGGCCACACUAGGGUCACCUGAAGCACGAGAGGAAAAAGAAGAAAAAGACGUAUCGGGGCCAGAUAAGGACUCACAUAUCUCGAAGAAGCGACGGGCGGCCCCUAAGGCCCGCGCGAAAGCCUCUGCCGGAAGGAAGAAUGCAUCUGCCACAGCAUCACUAAGUAGUACCCUGGAGCCAGAUGAAGAGUUUAAUGCUCUAAGGGCGCUGGCUGCCAAAAGUCGCAAGUUUGUGGGGGCUCACAUCUCAGCUGCAGGUGGCGUGCAAAAUGCUCUAAUCAGCUGUUUCAAUGUGAAAGGACAGGCUUUCGCAUUGUUCUUAAAAUGCCAGCGAAAAUGGGUUUCUCCUCCACUGGCGGAGUCUUCGAUUAACGGUUUUAAAGAGCGGUGUGACCAGCUAGAACUGGACAAAGCCACUCAAGUGCUGCCUCAUGGUAGCUACCUCAUCAAUGUCGCCAAUCCAGACAAGACGAAGCAGGAGAAUGCGUACAAUGCCCUUCUCGAUGACUUGCAACGCUGCGAAACUCUUGGCAUUAAGCUGUACAACAUCCACCCAGGUUCCACUGUGGGCGACUGCAGCAAGGAGGAGGGAAUACGGAAUAUCGCCGCUGCAGUAAAUAGGGCUCACAAGGAUACGAAUUUCGUAGUUGUCGUACUGGAGAACAUGGCAGGCCAGAAGAAUGUCGUGGGUAGCAAAUUCGAAGACCUCCGCGACAUCAUCGAUCUGGUUGAGAACAAAGAUCGAGUUGGAGUCUGUCUCGAUACGUGUCAUCUUUUCGCGGCAGGCUACGACAUCCGAACUGCAGAGAAGUUUGAAAAGGUAAUGGAGGAAUUCGAUGGCACCGUUGGCUACAAGUUCCUCAAGGCAAUGCACUUGAAUGACUCGAAGUCUGAACUAAGCUCAGGACUGGACAGACACGAGCUGCUCGGCAAGGGCCAUUUGGGCCUGGAGCCGUUCAAGUACAUCAUGCGACACCCGACCCGCUUCAAGGACAUGCCGCUGAUACUGGAGACCCCCGAUCCCACCGAGGGUAGCAUAUGGAAGAAAGAAAUAAAACAGAUGUACAGCUUCCUAGAUGGCAAGGAACUAUAG